CCGAAAUCAGCUUCAUCAACAACAAAAUCGUCCUCUCAAAUCCUAGUAAAACUCAUAAUCCCCCAGUGAAGUACAAGUUCUUGUGUCUAAAAUGGCCAGCGUUUUCCUACACAAUGGUAGCACCCUCUGCCUCUUAUUCCUAACCACGACAUUAUUCAUUGCCAACUCAGCAAGGAUUCUAGAUGAAGUGGAAUCCCAACCCCAAGCCAUUGGCAAUCUACCAGCACCUGGAGUUGCCAAUCCUUCACUCACAACAGGUCCAGUUACCACUACACCACAGAUAGGUCCUGCCACCACUUUGCCAAGCGGCCAAACACCUACAGCCACCACCACAUCGCAGGCAGUUCCUGCCACCACUUUACCAAGUGGACAAACACCUGCAGACACCACCAUCACCCCUUCUGCAUCAGAAGACUCAGGAGAUGAAGAUGAUAAUGCAGACCCACCAGUUCCAGAAACAGAAGCCCCAGCUGAGGACACUAACAUCACCCCAGUGGCAACUCCAACCCCAGGGGAAACUCCAGAAGUCUCACCCAUCCCUGAUGUAACACCAGUAACACCAAGUGCAGUGGCAAAAGAGCCAUCAUUCGCUUUCUUCAUGCAUGACAUCCUUGGAGGGUCACACCCCUCAGCAAGAGUGGUGGCAGGAAUAGUAGCCAACACUGAUGUUACAGGCCUACCAUUCUCCAAGCUCAAUAACAACCUCUUCCCCAUCACUGGAGGAAUCCCUCUUGUUAACCCCAAGCUCAAUGGCAUCAUUACCAACAACAACCUCCCAAACCUAGUAGGCCUCAGUGGUGCACAAUCCUCCACUGUGUUCAAGAACAGUGGCACCAGCAACACUGUCACAGGCAGCAACAACCAGCCUUUUGUUUCAGCAGGCAACCUCCCUGCAGGCUUCACCAUCCAGAAGCUCAUGUUUGGAUCCGUGACAGUGAUCGAUGACCAGAUAACAGAAGGGCACGAGCUGGAUUCUGCUGUUAUCGGAAGGGCACAAGGGUUCUACUUAGCGAGCUCGUUGGACGGUUCAAGCCAAACAAUUGUGCUCACAGUGUUGAUGCAUGGUGGAGAACAUGAACAACACCAUGAUGGGGUGGAGGACAGUAUAAACCUCUUUGGGGUUCAUAGGACUGCUUCACAUGAAUCUGAGAUAGCUGUGAUUGGUGGAUCUGGGAAGUAUGAGAAUGCUAGAGGAUAUGCUGCACUUGAGACACUUCUGAAGGAGGAUCAGCACACCACUGAUGGGGUGGACACCAUCCUACAUUUCAAUGUCUAUCUCACUGAGUAGAGACUACCUGUGAUUGAUUGAUGAUUGGCCUUGCUAUCUGGUGUUUGAAUUUGAGUUUGUGUAUGGUUGUUUAAAUUGGCAAUGUCUCAGUUAAUGCUUGAUUAAGUUUGAAACAAAGCUCAUUCUCCUUCCUUUA